CAUUUUAUUUCAAUUUCCAAAUUCGAAAGUCACCUCAGCUAAUUGUCUGAAAUUUGAGCUGGCAACAGUUUUUUACAUCGAUAACCAACCACUCUUAUCGAUAUGUACUCAAUGUUACGCUGGCCACUGCGACUGCUAUCGCUGAGCAGAAGUCGUGAGAGUAGCGUUUUAAGCAUAACUCAGCCGAAAUUUUUCGCCGACUGUAACAUGACAAAAAGUGCGUUGAUUAUCCUGGCACCAGGUGCGGAGGAGAUGGAGUUUACCAUUGCAGCGGACGUGCUGCGUCGUGCGGGCGUCAAUGUGACCGUCGCCGGUUUGAAUGGCAGCGAGCCGGUCAAGUGCUCGCGUGACGUAGUCAUUGUGCCGGACAAAUCCCUGGAGGAGGCGCUAGCGGAUGAGCCAUACGAUGUGGUUGUGCUGCCCGGCGGAUUGGGCGGUUCGAAUGCCAUGGCUGAUUCGAAGGCGAUUGGCGAGCUGCUGCGUAACCAGGAAUCGGCUGGACGUCUAAUUGCAGCCAUUUGUGCAGCGCCCACAGCGUUGGCCAAACACGGCAUAGCCACCGGCAAAUCGCUGACGUCAUAUCCCGCCAUGAAGCCUCAACUGGUGGAUAAAUAUUGCUAUGUGGAUGAUGAGAACGUCGUGCAGGAUGGAAAUCUAAUAACCAGUCGUGGACCGGGCACAGCCUACGAAUUUGCACUGAAGAUAUCCGAGCAGCUGACUGGCACUGUGAAGGCACAGGAGGUAGCCAAGGGCAUGCUUCUGAACUUCAACUAAAGUUCAUAUUCAUAAAAAUAAUAAUCUCUUGUUCUCAAAAAGAUAGUAGCAAAAAAACGGUUGAAAAGGCUAUAAUCGAUAAAGUAGCAGCAAGCGCGGCUAUCGAUACUUCAACAUCGCGAUUCUUUCACAUGUUUAAGUAUUUUAUGCCCUUCGAACGACCCUCAAGGAACAAUUUAUUUCAAAAUGAACAAUAAAUAUUAAUUAAUUGAUGCUAAAAUUUGAAA